AUGUCACAAGGUACAUCAUCAAAUGAAUAUGUCAUAGGGCAUGUUACUGAUAAUCUAUCAGAUAAAGCUAGUGAAAUGACAGUAGUAGAAUAUAAAAAAAUUGGUGAAGGAGCCUUUGGAACAGUUGUUGAAGCCAAAUUAAAAUUUAAUGAUGGUAGACAUAAUAAUCAUUGGUUAGGACCAUUUGCUAUAAAGAGAGUACCUGCACAAACUGAAUAUAAAUCAAGAGAAUUAGAAAUAUUAAGAGUUGUAAAUCAUCCAAAUAUUGUUAGUUUAAGAUUCUUUUUUGAUAAAGAAAGUUCAAAUCCUAAAGAUAAAACAUUAUAUCAAAAUUUAGUUAUGGAAUGUCUUCCAUCUAAUUUACAAAAUGAAAUUAAGUAUUAUAAAUUAUCUAAAUUUACUAUACCCUAUCCUCAUAUGAAAGCAUAUUCAUUUCAAUUAGCAAGAGCUAUGCUUUAUUUACAUGGAUUUGGAAUUGCUCAUAGAGAUAUAAAACCUUCAAAUAUUUUAGUUGAUCCAUCAACUGUUACUUUAAAGAUUUGUGAUUUUGGUAGUGCUAAAAAAUUAGAAUCUAAUCAAGAUUCUGUUAGUUAUAUUUGUUCAAGAUAUUAUAGAGCUCCUGAAUUAAUUAUUGGAUGUACAAGAUAUACAACUCAAAUUGAUAUUUGGGGUUUAGGAUGUGUUAUUGCUGAAAUGUUUUUAGGUAAACCAAUUUUUCAAGGUCAAGAACCUGAUUUACAAUUAAAGGAAAUUACUAAAUUAUUAGGUCCACCAUCAAAGAGUUUCUUUUUCCAUAAUAAUGAAAAUUAUAGAGGGAAUAUGUAUUCAGCUAAAACUUUUACAUGUACAAUUGAACAACGAUUUAAACAAAUCUUUGCCAAUUGUCCACCUGAUGCAAUUGAUUUAUUAAUGAAAAUAUUAGUAUAUAGUCCAUCAGAAAGAGCAAGUCCAAGACGAGUAUUAAUUCAUCCAUUCUUUCAAGAAUUGAAAAAGAAUGAUUUUUAUGUUUAUCCUCGAGGAUCAGAUAAACCAAUAAGGCUUAAUUUAUUUAAUUUUAGUGAAUAUGAAUUAGGACUUUUAGGAUCUCUUAAGGAUGAACUAUUACCUACAACAACUUAG